AGUAUUUCUUAACAUUCCCAGACCUCAGCCCCUCCUACGGCAGUGUUCUCCAUUUUUUUCAUCAAUAUCCAGUCUGAUUUCAUUGAUUUUGGAACGGUUUAUGACCAUGAGCCAAGGACACCGGUUUAAUUAUCAGUAAAACGACGCUGCAAUGCUUGGUAACACACCUGAACACACUCCUCCUCCUUAGGAUCAUGUCGGGAUCAGCAUUGCGGGGCGGGGUGGUGACGAUGUGCCUGGUGAUGUCUCUCCUGGCUACCCACGCCCCCGCACUUCACUCCACGGUGUCGCUGCCGUGGGGGUGGGAGUGUGUGUCAGAGUACCGCUGCGUGAAGAAAGAUGCCACGGAGAACGAGGGCCUCACGACACUCAACACGUGCAAGCUGUCCUGCACCUCAGACGGCUUGCUGUGGCCGCUGCCAGCCUCCAGCCUCAUCCACGGUGACAUCUCCAUGUUCCUGGUGGACAAUAUUGCCUUCGAACCCACCUGCCACGGCGAGGUUUGUAACCUGCUGCAAGAAGCCUUUGCCAUCUUCAAGGAUAAUCUGCAGCGAUACCAUCCCGCCUACUCCCAGGGCAAGGCGCCGUGGCGGGGCCCCUGGGACGCCGCCACGCUGUCCCACACCCUGUACGUGGAGGUGACGGUCAGUGGGGAAGCUACAGAACUUGAGCUACACACGGACGAGUCCUACGAGUUAACGGUGACCACCGCGGGCGACGUCACCACCGCCGCCAUCACCGCGCCCACAUACUUCGGAGCGCGGCACGGCCUAGAGACUCUGUCGCAGCUGGUGGACUAUCACGAGACUGCCGACGCCCUCAUGGUGGUGACGGCCUCCGUGACGGACGCGCCCGUUUUCCCCUACCGCGGGCUGCUGCUGGACACGUCCCGCAACUACGUGAGCAUGGCCACGCUGGAACGAACACUGGACGGCAUGGCUGCCAACAAGCUGAACACUCUGCACUGGCACAUAACCGACACGCACUCCUUCCCGUUGGUGCUCGAGACACUGCCCAACAUGGCCAACUACGGCGCCUACUCUGCCAGCGAGGUGUACACGCGGGAGCAGAUUGCCGCCCUCAAGGAGUACGCCCGCGUGAGAGGCGUGCGGCUACUGCCUGAGCUGGACGCACCGGCGCACGUGGGCAACGGGUGGCAAUGGGGAGAGAAGGAGGGGUUGGGAAACCUGGCCGUUUGCGUCAACCAGGAACCGUGGCAAGAUUUCUGCGUGGAGCCGCCGUGUGGUCAGCUGAAUCUCGCCAACCCCGAGAUGUACAACGUGCUGAGCUCGCUGUACCACGAGAUGUUUAACAUGUUCUUACCGCUCGACAUGUUCCACUUUGGAGGGGACGAGGUGAACAUUAACUGCUGGAAUUCAACCCAGGAGAUCUUUGACUGGAUGACGGAGAACCACUACGGAGUGGACGAGGCGGCCUACCACGAGCAGUGGGCCGUGUUCCAGGAGAAGGCGCGCGAGUUGCUUCUGAAGGCGUCGGGGCACGAUGACAUUCAAGGGAUACUGUUCACCUCGGGACUGACGGCGCCGGAACACGUCGAAUCUUACGUGAACAAAUCCAACUACAUCAUUCAGAUCUGGUCGACUGAGGACGACCCCAUCAUCGGCGACCUGCUGAACCUUGGCUACCGGGUCAUCUUCAGCAACUACGACGCCUGGUACCUGGACUGCGGCAUGGGGGCCUGGGUGGGAGAGGGCAACAACUGGUGUAGCCCCUACAAAGGCUGGCAGACCGUCUACAUGAACAACCCCUACGAGAUUGCCAAGACCCAGACCGGAUCCACCCACGAAGACCUCAUCCUAGGAGGCGAGGCGGCGCUGUGGACCGAGCAGGCAGACGACGCCGUGAUUGACUCCAAGCUGUGGCCCCGCGGUGCCGCCCUGGCGGAGCGGUUAUGGACCAACCCUGAGGGCGAAUGGUACGGCGCCGAGACUUCCUUCAUCCACCACCGGCAGCGUCUGGUGAAGCGCGGCAUCCAAGCUGAGCGCAUCCAGCCGCAGUGGUGCCACCAGAACGAAGGCCUCUGCUACAUGUAGACCGCGUUCGCAUUACCAUCACAAGUACUACUGAGAAAACUGUAAUCUGGUAGACGCCUGAGUGAUGAAAAUGUGAAACUACUUUUUUUAUUACUUGAAGAUUAACACUUUUCUAUGCUGCCAAAAUAGUUCACUAGUUUAUUAUUAUUUUUUUUUUUUUUCACGUAUUCCUUAUACAAGGCAGGUUAAACCUGAGUCUUCCCAAUAGUACCAGAGCGGGAACAGUAGAAAAAAGAAAAAAAAAACACACAGCUAACUCCAGACCGUGUUCACAUUGCCGUCACAAGUACCAGAGCAGGAACAGUAAAGUCUACUGCCUCUUGUUACGUGUUGACAUUCAGCACCAUAAGCACUGGAGCUGGAAGUGAAGAAACUAGACUCAUCAUAAAAAAGAAAUACUAUAUAUUCCCCGGAUACCGACAUUGUGUAAAAUUUUCUUGUGGUUUAGCUCAGUUAUGGAAGAAUAAAAAAUACGAUAUAUUC